AGAUCUAUGUGCAUUUAUCCCAAGCAUGUUUUGAGAACCAGAAGGGGAUGAAAGUAGUUAAUGUGCAACAAGAAUCUUAAUUUCAGACACAAAUCUGUACCUUUAUAUUGACCUUGCUGAUAUGCUGCAAGCUACAUAUUAAACCAAUUUUGAUCAAUUUAAGUCCAGCCUGGGGAGAAGAAACAGUUAAAGAAAUGUCUCAAGUAUACUUGCAUUCAUCUAAUCAGACUUCGUGUACAUCUACAAAUGGUACAGAACUGAAAUCAAUCAUUGAUAAUGAAACCACAAAUGAAAAAUGGACUGAAGACUCCUUUCCAGGAUUAGAAAUUCUGUGCACAAUUUAUGUUACAUAUGCUGUGAUCAUUUCAGUGGGUCUCCUUGGAAAUGCUAUACUCAUCAAAGUCUUUUUCAAGAUUAAAUCAAUGCAGACGGUUCCAAAUAUCUUCAUCACCAGCCUGGCAUUUGGAGACCUACUGCUUUUAUUAACUUGUGUGCCUGUAGAUGCAACGCGGUAUGUUGUGGAUACCUGGCUCUUCGGAAGAAUUGGGUGCAAGCUGCUGUCUUUUAUCCAGUUAACCUCAGUUGGAGUAUCAGUGUUCACACUGACUGUUCUCAGUGCUGACAGGUACAGAGCCAUCGUUAAGCCCUUGGAACUGCAGACUUCCAACGCGCUCCUGAAGACCUGCUGUAAAGCUGGAUGUGUUUGGAUUGUCUCCAUGAUAUUUGCUGUCCCAGAAGCUGUUUUUUCAGAUCUGUAUUCUUUUACUAAUCCUGAGAAAAAUGUAACUUUUGAGGCAUGUGCCCCCUAUCCUGUAUCUGAGAAGAUACUGCAGGAAGCUCACUCUCUGGUUUGCUUCUUAGUGUUCUAUAUUAUACCCUUAGCUGUCAUUUCUGCCUAUUAUUUUCUUAUUGCCAGAACAUUAUACAAAAGUACAUUCAACAUGCCAGCGGAAGAACAUGGUCAUGCUCAUAAGCAGAUUGAAUCCCGCAAGAGAGUUGCAAAAACAGUGCUGGUGCUAGUUGCUUUAUUUGCCUUUUGCUGGUUGCCUAACCACAUCCUCUACCUAUAUCGCUCUUUUACAUACCAUUCUUCUGUAGAUGCUUCUGCCUUUCAUCUGAUAGCUACUAUUUUUUCCCGUGCCUUGGCCUUCAGCAAUUCCUGCGUCAAUCCUUUUGCUCUUUAUUGGCUGAGUAAAAGCUUCCGGCAACACUUUAAAAAGCAAGUCUCAUGCUGCAAGGCAAAACUUCGUACAAAACCUCCCAGUGCUCCCCACAGUAAUACUCCUACCAGAGCCCUGUCAGUCACAGGCAGCACACAUGGCUCAGAAAUCAGUGUUACACUGCUAACAGAUUACAGUAUCACAAAAGAAGAGGAAAGCGUUUAGACCAUCUGUGAUGAAGAAGGACAGAAACUGAGCGUUUCUAAUCAAGUCACUACUAUCUGGAUCCUGGAAUGAGCUGCCAUGCCUUGCGCUGUCUGUGAAAGAAUUUUC